AACGCCCUGCAUGAUACAGCUGUGUAUACAUCCUUGCUGUGAGUGGGGAGCUGUGCUGCUGGUGCCACAGAGUGAGGAAUCCCUUCUGGAGGAGGCAGGAGGAGAGGGCCAACCUCCCCUCAGCACAGCCUGCAGAGUCAGGUUUGCCUGGACUUGGGAAACUUCACUCUGCACCAUGCCUUUAGGUACAGCUGGCCAGUUGGCCUUUUCCCUGGCCUCCAAGGUAGCAUCAGCAGUGGCCAAAGUCGGUGGAGAGGCCACUGGUUCUUCCCUGUAUGACCUCUCAGCACAAGGGCUCACUCUGGUAUCCCAGACUGCCAGUCCUGCUGUGACUGCCCUUGGGCAAUGGCUGGAGACACUGAAUGUUGGUGGCAUCCUGCAGGGGUCCUCUGAUGCUACUUCUAUGGCUGCUUCCUCAGUUGGAGCCAAGGUUGCCAUAGCUGCAGCUGGAGGAGGGCUGGCCGUGGUGUCUGUGCCCCUGGUGCUGAGUGCUGUGGGUUUUACCGGGGCAGGAAUAACUGCCUCCUCCCUGGCGGCCAAGAUGAUGUCAGUUACUGCCAUUGCCAAUGGUGGCGGGGUGCCUGCAGGAAGCCUGGUAGCCACUCUGCAGUCCGUGGUGUGUUUCAGUUGGGCCCCACUCCUGCUGCCUGGCCGCUCUGUCUGGCAAGGCCCUUCUGCUCCUGCCCGGCCCCUGAACUGGCAGCUCUGCUCCAUCACCCGCCCUGAGCGGUCAUGCCUCUGCUGGAGCCAGCCCAUCCGAAACCUUGACCAAUGAAGCCUUCACUGCUCUGAAGUAGGUGCAUUAACAACACAGGGAUCCAGGCAGCCAGACUGAUAAAUUUGGAAUUUUACUAACUGAGCACAGCAACCACCCAUAGAACCCUGUUUCAGAGUCCAAAGAGUGGCCCUGAACUGAAGGGUCACAGGGCAUUUAAAGUGAAAAACCACAAAGCAAGACAUCCUGAUGGAAAUAAUGUAGCUAGAAUGUUACAUUAAUUUUGGUUGACACCUGUAUCCUGCUUCUUUGUUGAGAAGGUUGAUUUUUCUCUCUUAUGGGUGCAGCUCAUUCUGCUUUUCUCAUGGGACUUGUAUCCUGAGUAAUUUUUCACUCUUCAGAGUCAAACACAGGGCACGAGUUAAUUACAGGGCACAAGAUGGCAUCACUUAUGCUACGCUACAACUUUUUGAGUUGUGAUUGUUAGAUAUUUGGUCCCAACAGCAAGAAAUAUGACUAAUACCCCACACCACCAUAGUAUUAGAUUAUAUUUCACUGAAAAGCAACAUUUUGUUGUGUCUAAGUCAUGUCAGGAAUCUUCAGAUCCUCUUUCUUUCUUUCUUUCUUUCUUUCUUUCUUUCUUUCUUUCCUUCUUUCUUUCUUUCUUUCUUGUAUAUCAGGAAUCGAACUCAGGACCUUGCCUUUACCAGGCAAUCACCAGGUAGGGACUUAUGCUGCUGAGCUCGAUCCCCAGCCCCACUCUUCUGGAUGUUGACAGGAAAUGCUGCCGUGGCUUUGGAUUUGAUCAUCAUCCUCGCCCUCUUCAGUGGCUCAGCCCCACUCACAGAAGGCUGAGCCGCUCAGAUGAAAGCAUCUUUCCACACCCCUCCUUUGAUUGUAGCAAAAGCAGCCCAUAACCCAAAACUUCUUAUCUUCUCUACUUUGAAGUAUACAAAUCAUCACUGCUGAGCAUGUUCACAUUUUUAUGAAAAGUAGCCCUAUAAUCUUUCCUUGCAAAUCUGAAACACCUCACUCAUUAAGCAACACUGCCUUCCCCCUUCCUCCCAGCCGCUGGUGUCUGCCACCCUCUUUUCCUCCUCUAUUGACUGGACUACUCCAGACACCUUCAACAGGUGAAACCCUAAACUGUUUGUCUUAUUGUGACUAAUUUAGUUUGCAUCAUAUUUUGUAAAAUUUUAUUUUGAAAGUAGUAAAAACACAACAGCACAAGACAGAACAAAGCCAAUCGAGACAAUGCAGUGAAAGUGGUACAGGACUUCACAGUAGGAUACUGGGAUAGUAGUAAUAGGUACUAUGGUAUAUCUCUUUAACUUCACAAUAGUUGUCCAAUCAAUUAGGUAUAGCAAAAUCAAACCAAAAAUAGAACAUUGUAAAACCAAUUGAGAAUACUGAAUAGAGCAAAAGAAACAUAACAAAACAGUGAAAACAACCUUUGCCUUCAAACAGAAGAUAGAAGGAAAUCCCCCAUAUUUGCUCUAUUACAUAUGGUCCUCCUCCCAAGAGAUGCUGAGACAUCUGUGCCCAGUAGCCAUGGGUGGGGAGGGGGGAGGAGGGCAGGGGUGCUCGAUUUUCAGCCCGCGUGGCAGUAGGCCACAGGUAAUGGUUCUCUUCUAGGCACAUGCUUCAGGCACUUACAAGGGGCGGGUGAAUAAGCUGCCUGAGUCCUACCAUGGCCAGAUCUCGGGAAUUUGCAUCAUAUUAUGUUCUCAAGAUCAUUGAUGUUACCGAUGUGUGAGGAUUUCUUCCUCUUUCAGGCCGGGUACUAGUCCAUUGUGUGGACAGACCACAUUUCACAAGUGCAUUCACCAAUCAGUGGAUCCUUGCAUCUACCUUCUGACAAUAGUGAAUUUUGCUACUGUGCCCAUGUGUAUGUAAAUAUCUCUCCAAAACCCUGUGUCUUUGUCCGCUGAGGCUGCUGUGACAAAAUCCCACAGGCUGGGUAUCUUAUAACCAGCAGAAAUGUAUUUUUCACAGUUCUGGAGGUGACAGUCCUGAUGAAGAUGCAGGCAGAUUUGCUGUGUAGCGGGGGCCCACUUCUUGGUUCACAGAUGGUGCUUUAUCUCCUCAAAGAAAGAAGGCGGCUUUCUGGCGCCUCCUUUAGGGGAGACUCUUUCCAUUCUUUAGGGCUUGUACUUUCAUUUCAUAAACCUCUGAAAUCUCACCACCUCAUUCUGGCACCUAAGGAUUAGGACUUUAGAAACUGACUUCACGAGAACAUAAACAUUCAGACCAACCUCUCUGCUGUCAGUUCUCUGUAUAUACACCCAGAGGUGGCACAGCUGUAUCAUGCGUACUUCUAUUUGUAAUGUUCUGGAAGUUUGCAUACUGCUUUGCCUAGUGGGAUGACACCGUAGAAUCCACUAACAACAUGGUUACAAUUUCUCCAUGAGAAGCCUAGUACUGGUUAGUUUCUGGUUUUCAACAGUGGACAUCCUAAAGGAUGUGAGGUGUAGAUCAGUGUGGCUUGAUUAAAGUUUCCCCAGUUAGUGAUCUCCAACAGCUUUCUUUGUACUUUCUCUGUCAUUUGCGCACCUUCUUUGGAGAAAUGGUUAUUGAAAUCCUUUUUCCAUUGUUAACGUACAUGAUUUGGGUUUGCUGUGACUGAGUUCUUCGCAUGACCUGGGUAGGUGCAUGCUCUUUGUUAGGUACAUGCUUUGCUGCUCUUCAUUCUGUUGAUCAUGUGCCAGGAUGCAUGAAUGCAGUAAGCUUCUUAAAGACACAUUUAUGCAUUUUUCUUUUGAGGCCUCUAGUUUUGGUGUCAUAGCCAAGAAAAUUUUGCAAGUCUAAUGCCAACGCUUUUCUCUAUUUCUUUGUUGUUUUAGUUUUAUGUCUCCCCUAGAAAUCUUUAUUCUUUCAUGCCUUCUGAGGUUAUUUUUGUCAGUAGAAGACAAAAGAUAGACAUAUAGUUAUCUCCAAAGAAAACACUUUAUGUAGUUUUUUUUGUUUUGUUUUGUUUUGCAUUUCUUUUAAAUUCUGGAGGUUGAACCCAGGGAACUUGUGCAUGGACCCACAACUCUGCACUUUUAUUUUUUAUUUUGAGACAAGGUCUUGCUAAGUUGCCUAAGCUAACCUGUAACUGUGAUCCUCCUGUUUUGGGAUUUUGAGUAGCUGAGUGUGCAGGGCUGUAUCAUUGUGUCCGAAUUUGUAUUUGCAUUUAUAUUCAUAAAGUUUUCUUUUACCCAAUACCUAUUCUGCAGUGGACUUUUUCCUAGUCCAGGUCCAUGUUUUGUUUUUUUUUAAACUUCUAUUUUCUUUUAUUUUGAGACAGGGUGUCACCAGGUAGUUUAGGCUGGCCUUCAACUCGGCAUGUAGCGCAUAACCCAGCUGGUCUGGAACUCACAGCAAUCCUCCUUCCUCAGCCUCCCUGUUCGGGGCAUGCACCACCAUGCCCAAUGCAUUUCAUUAACUUUUAAUUUGUGCCUCACUUCCCACAGUAAUAAUGUUCCACAUUUUAUAGAGUCCUUUCUCUAUUUUCCUAGAACCUAGGAAGCUGGAUGGUGAGGAAAUAUUUUCUAUCCUGCAGGAAUUUCAGUGUGAACCACAAAUCUGAAAAUAGCAGCAGACAGGGACCCUCACUUUCAAAGAAAAUUGCUGGGCUUUGGGGUCUGCCAUCAGAGUGUAACACAUCUAUGACUCUGAGCCAUCAGCUCCAGUAGUUUGUGUAGGGAGGUCUUGGGAGCCAUCAGAAAAGAUACUUGCAAAGGAAGCCAAUCAACAGCUCUUCCCGCCCAGGGCUGGACCUGCACUUAGUUGUCUGUCUUGGUCAACUUCACCCCAUUUCCCUGUGAACUCUGCGAGACGGGUGUUUUUGUGAUGUGAUUUGUACCUGCUGUAUGCCAGUACCUAAGGCAUCUCCAGAAUAACAGGCCUCUGGUGGGAACUUUCAAAAACUAUACAUCAUUGCAAAGAUGAAAACACCGAAACUCACUUUUUUGUUUCCAUGAAAAAAUUAAAGUUUAUCCUUUAUUACAUAAUCUUAGUCCUAUUUCUUGGGCACAGCACCCCCUACCCACUUUGCCAAUUAAAUGACAAAGUGCUGCGCAAGGGAUUUUUGAACAAGACCCAGAAUGUACAGAAAACAAAAACAAAAAUGGACCAAUGAGCAACACUGAGUAAACUAACAAGCUUCUGCACAGCCAUGGAAUCAACAGUGAAGAGACAGACCACCCUAUAGGAGAAAAUAUGUGUAAGCAGACAUCUGACAAGGGUUAAUACCUAGAAUAUAUAAGAAGAACUAAAACCUCAAUAGCAAAAAAAGCAAAGCCCUGGGUAAUAGCCCAAAUAGACAUUUCUCCAAAGACAACACACAAAUAGAAGACAUACAAAUGGCCAACUUACAUUUAAAAAUGCUCAACUUCAGAAUCAUUAGUGAAGUGUCACACAUUAUUGCAAUAAAUAUGUCACUCAAGUAAGAUUGUUCUCUAAAAGACAAAUAGAAGAAAGAACUGGUGAAUAUGCGGGAGAACGGGGGCCCUGGAGCGCCUUGGGAAUGGAAGCUAGUUCACCACCAGGAAAGCAGCUUUCCAAUGUUUAAAAUAGACUAAAGGUGAUAGAGGGGAAAGAAAUUCCUAAUCUGCUAGAUGUCCAGCGCAUGUUCCUGUUCUCUUAUAUCAAAGAAUGAAUUUAGGAACUACAGAGGUUAAGAACGGAAUAUAUUUAUUGAGAGAAAGAAAGCUUCUGUCUGAGAGAGACAGAAGGGAUCCUCAGUGGAUUGCCAAGGACUUUGCUGUUUCUAGGGGUUUUUAUGGAGCAAAAACGACAAGAUGAGGCCAGUCCAAGGUGGGGAAAAGUGGGAAAUCACAAGAUGGGUAUGGGGUGGCACAGAACUAUGGCCAACCAAUAAAAUUAUGAGCAUACUGUAAUCCCAGCACUCCAGAGGCUGAGGCAGGAGGAUCCUUGCAAGUUCGAGAUCAACCUGGGCUACAAAGUAAUUUCAAGGCCAGCCUGAACUACAUAGCAAGACCUUGUCUCAAAAAGACCAAGCAAUAAUAAUAAAUAAAAAUUAUGAGUAUAAUUGCUCAACUAAUAUUGAUUAAUCGGGAUCAAAAUGGGAAGCAAAUCACUCAGCAAGUGGGCAUGAAACAGAACAGGGGCUUCUCUGGAGGGGCUGGGUCAGUGGCAGGUCCUGGCUUUCCCAAGGUGCUAGUGCUUACUUAGAAUAUCAGUCACUGUCAUUUAUCCUUGGGGGAAGUAUGUGGGUGCUUUCCUUUCAUCUUUUGUCUUGGGCCCUGGCUCUCAGCAGAGGUGCCUAUCUCCCCCUCAGUUGCAAGGCUCCUUUGAGGGCCUAGCCCUGUCUGACUGCUAUAAUAUUUCUACCUAAUUUAGCUGCCUAAUUUGCUGGCAAUGUGACCCAGCAAUUCUAUUAGUAGGUAAUGAUCCAAAAGGAGUGAAGCCAGUCUAUUGAAGAGACGUCUGCACGGUCAUGUUUAUUGUGGAACUAUUCACAAUAACCGAGAAACAAGCCAAGCAUCCACCAAUUGAUGAAUCCAUAAAGAAACUGUGGUUCAUGUACACAGCGGCACACUGUUCAGCUGUAAGAGUGGGAUCCUGUGAUUUGCUGCAACUUGGGUGGAGCCAGAGAUUCUUACAUGAAGUGAAAAGAACCAGGUACAGACAGCCGAGGAUACAUGGUCUCGCUCAUACGUAGAAGGAAGAAAGUUGAUCUUACAGAAGUUGAGGGUGAGUGGUAAUUCCUAGGACCACUAAGUUAUAGUGAGGGAGAAACAAUUUCUGGGGUGCUGUUGCACAGCAUGGAAAUGUGGCUACAGAUAGCAAUAAUGUAAUAUAUAAUAUAUAUAUAUAUAUAUAAAUAUCUGAAAAAGCUAAUAGAAAAAAUUGUAGCUUGUUAUAAACCUAUGAGUAAAUGAGACAAUGGAAACAUUUAUCCUGACUUUAACUUUUAUUUUUUUGUCUUUUGAGACAGGCUCUCGCUAUGCAGUUCUGGCUGGCCUUGUAGGCCACGCUGGUCUCGAAUUUGCAACAAUCCGCCUGCCUCAGCAUCCCAAGUGCUGGGAUUACAGGCGUGUGCCACCACACUCAGCUUCUGAUUUUGACUUUAUAAAACGUAUACCUGUAUCAAAACAUCACGUGCUACCCCAGAAGUAUGUAAAUUGCUUAUGCUUUUAUGCAUCAAUUAAAAUAAAUGCAAUUUUAAUGAAAAAAGAAGAAAAA